AUGGCACAUAGCACUCGCGCAUCUUCAUCAUCUGAUGGACCCGACCUAGAACAUUGCGAUCAGCUCGAGCCGCAACGGCGAGAAUCUUCAGUUGAGAAUUUCGACCCUCGCAGCGAGUCACCCACCAUCACGCAAUUUCUUGUAGCCCACCUACAUGAGAAACUCUUUCAAGUAGGCCAUCUCCCCUCGAAACAAAAGACCCAGGAUGAGUUGUAUUAUAUGGCCAAGACAGCGGACAGUAGCCACUGGCCCUGGGAGCGAGCCGAUAUUCUGACACCCACUCCGCCAGAGGAGCGAACCGACAUGCUGACUCCCACUCCACCGAGCAGCCUGGAAACGUCGAGUCCCAAGAUCUUUGUUCAGGCCGAACCCUCUCCACCGAAUCGAACUACCUUUGCAUCCUCCCCGAAGGCACAAUUUGCGCAGCAAACAGUCGAGUACGAAAAGAGCAAGUGGCGGGAUGCAGAAGAAGCAGAUUCUCCAAAAGAAGCACUCGAUGCUCACAAGAUCAAGAAGUGGAGGGCGAUGCUAAUGGAGACAAAGCGCUUGUUGAGAUGGUGGAUGAAGGUUCACAAGUAUGGUAUUUAUUUGAGAGUUAUCUCUAGAGAACUCAAACCUGCGAACCCGGCUCUUGGCAGCUGUGCGAAAGGUCACAAGUCGACCACAAUCCAGAACGUCCUGGCAGGCCUCAGGAGAUAUCAGGGAACUCUCCCGAAAGAGGUUCUCAAUCAAUAAGCAGGCGUAUGGCAACGAUGCAGAGUCUUUGGUUCGGGUAAAUAGUGGACCGCUCGAAGCAGAGGAAGGUUGACACCGGUGUCUGAGCAUCAAGUUGGAUGAAGGGGGUCUGAACAUGUUUGAGGAGGAGGAAUUGAAAUCCUAAAGACGUUUCCAUUGAUCGCGCCGGUCCCAGAACUAGGCACCGAAAAUUCCG